CAAUAGCAAUCAUGAAUUGUUUGAGUAAUCGGAGAUAUUAAACAACACAAAGCCCACACCAACUUAGAUGGAAAGACCGUGAGAGCAGUUCUGGUGCCAGCUUCUCGAACAUUUCGGGUAUCUCUCUUUGUAGGUGCCCAACAACCAAACUACUCGACAAAUAAUCGUCACUUUCAAACACACUCAUCCACACGAGCUUCCGGCCGGAUGCCUUAUGUACUCCCCAUCCUUCAAGUUCUCAGCUCGCAACUGCCUCCUCCAUGAAUCAGAGUGAAGUGAGUGGAAUGAAGCUGACUAUCUACGUACGUGAGAACAAUCAUCAAAAUUCAUUGCAAGACACCAAAGUUACGUAAGACUCCGGAUCCGAGGGACAUUGCUCAGGGUUUCACUUGAAUUUCAAGGUUUUGAAUUGCGGUAGGAGAUACACGAUACUACAAAGUAAUAAGCGAUGAGAAAUCAUCUCUGCACGCCGAUUUCUUACUGUUAAUAGAAAUCGUUGAGUGGUUGCUUGAUUUCAAUCAAGUGCAGCAACUAUGGCAGCUCCUACGGGGAUGGAAAGCUUGCCCUCCGUGGGGAGAGGCCGACGAAGUGGGAGCAUGAGGGAUUGGGUGCGACCAGACGAUGCCUUUGCAAUAGCAUCACAGGCCAGGAGAGGGGACGACGAAACUGAUGAAGAGGCUUUGCAAUGGGCAGCACUGGAGAAGUUGUCAACAUAUGACCGGAUGAGAACAACCAUCUUCGAGAACUUGAAAGGAAGCAAAAAAGAGCUUCUGCAGUUAGAACUCAAAGACAUGAGUAGGGCCCAGAAUCAGUACCUCAUUCAGAAGCUAUUUCAGAUGAACCCAGAGGAGGAUAAUGAGAAGUUUCUCGCCAAGCUAAGAUCCCGCAUCGACCGAGUGAGCAUUGACCUGCCCAAAGUUGAGGUCCGAUACGAAAAUUUAACAGUAGACGCAGACGUUCAAGUGGGUACUCGAGCACUUCCCACGCUCACGAACACCAUGCUGAGCAUCGCAGAGAUGAUACUUGAAACCCUCAGGAUCAUGCGACGGAAGAAGACAAAGCUAGAGAUUCUAGAAAAUGUGUCCGGCAUCCUAAAGCCAGGAAGGAUGACGCUGCUGCUUGGCCCGCCAGGUAGUGGUAAAACCACUCUUCUUCUUGCUCUUGCUGGGCAGUUGGACACUAAGCUCAGAACCUCGGGGACCAUUACAUAUAAUGGACAUACUCUGAGCGAAUUCAAGCCCAGGAAGACGGCCGCAUAUAUAAGCCAGACGGACUUGCAUAGUCCAGAGUUGACUGUUAGGGAGACUCUCCAAUACUCAGCCCGUUUUCAGGGAAUAGGUUCUCGCUACGAACUCUUGACUGAACUUGUUAAAAGAGAGAAGGAGCUCGGUAUACAUCCCGAGCCAGAUGUUGAUGCCUUCAUGAAGGGAGUGUCGACGUCAGAAGUUUCUUAUGAUCUUGUCACCGAAUACAUCAUGAAGAUUCUGGGUCUGGAUAUUUGCGCAGACACUUUGGUGGGGGAUCAGAUUGUUAGAGGAAUCUCAGGAGGUCAAAAGAAACGAGUAACAACAGGAGAGAUGCUCGUGGGACCGAUGAAAACUCUAUUCAUGGACGAAAUUUCAACUGGUCUCGACAGCUCUACAACAUACCAAAUCAUAAAAUGCCUCGGCCAGUUCGCCCACGUAAUCGAAUCAACAAUCUUCAUCUCUCUCCUACAGCCUGCUCCAGAAACUUACGAAUUGUUCGAUGACCUCGUUUUGAUUUCGGACGGAAAACUAGUUUACCACGGUCCCCGUGAUAGCGUCCUUGAAUUCCUGGAAACCUGUGGAUUCCGCUGCCCUGAACGUAAAGGCGUCGCCGAUUUCUUGCAAGAGGUCACCUCUCGCAAGGAUCAGGAACAGUACUGGAUAGAUAAAUCGAAGCCGUAUAGGUUCGUCACAGUUGGUGAGUUCAGCGAAGCUUACAAGAGAUUUCACGUUGGUCAAGCGAUGGCAGAAGAACUGAAAAUCCCUUACGACAAGAGUAAGAGUCACAAAGCGGCCCUGAUAUUUUCUCAAUGGUCUAUGCCCAAGUGGGACCUUCUCAAAGUGAUGUUCGACAGGGAGGUGACACUUCUGAAAAGGAGCUCAUUCAUCUACAUCUUCAAGAGCUCUCAACUAGCUUUGCAGGCUUUGAUAGCCACGAGUGCGUUCUUCCGCACCAGGAUGCACCACAGGACUGUGAAUGAUGCUCAGAUCAUGUCUGGAGCCCUGUUUUUCAGCAUCGUCAGCGUCAUGUUCAAUGGGUUCGCUGAAACGACCAUGAUUGUUACCCGACUGCCCGUUUUUUACAAGCAGCGGAGCAUGAGAUUCUUUCCCGCAUGGACCUUCUCCGUGUCCACUUUCAUCCUUCGACUUCCCUUCGCUGUGAUAGAGACAAGCGUCUGGGUCUGCAUCGUCUACUAUACGAUCGGGAUGGCUCCUAAUGUUGGCAGAUUCUUCCGUCAACUGGUUUUUGUCAUUUUUGCUCACAUUAUGGCUUCGAGUAUGUUUAGAAUGAUAGCGGGGUUAACGCAAACUCUGGUUAUUGCGAACUCAUUGGGAUCGCUGACACUCCUACUAGUGUUUGUCCUUGGAGGAUUCGUUCUCCCAAGGACCUCCAUCAAAGAUUGGUGGAUUUGGGGCUACUAUAUCUCCCCCUUAUCAUAUGCUCUAAACGGAGUCGCUGUCAAUGAAUUUCUCGCCCCUCAGUGGAGGAAGCCAAGUGGAAUUCCUGGAGACAAUCACACUUUGGGUAGGAAGUACUUGAAGAAUGCUGGUCUAUUCGCGCGGGGAUACUGGUAUUAUCUGGCAGCUGGAGUGAUGAUCAUCGAUUCCCUUAUAUUCACUGCUGUGUUCACCUGGGCCAUUACGUACCUCCGAGCUCCUGGCAGCAGAAGUGUCGGAAUGUCACCAGAGACUUUGGCAGAAAGGGAGGCAAAUCGUACAGGCAAAUCGCUACACAUUGAAUCACUCAGUAAAAGACCCACCUUGUUGCCGAUUAAAGUGGUGAAAUCGAUGAUUCCUCGAUCUCUGAACGGAAACACAGGCUCGAAAAAUAAAUCACACACAAGUACAGAAAUAACCUCUGAGGAUGGAGGAAAUGAAUCGAGCAGAAGUGGAGCUGGUGAAGUCCAAUUGUCGCAGCAGCCGAGUUCAAAUGAGGCCAGUACCUCGGCAUCGGGAGAGAUUGUUCCUAGCUCUAAAGUCGUCUCUAAGAAGGGCAUGGUGUUGCCUUUUCAACCUUACGCAAUCAGCUUCAGCGGUGUCAAUUACUACGUUGACAUGCCUCCGGCCAUGAGAGAGGCGACAGGAGAAGAAUCAGGAUCGAAGCUGCAGCUACUUCAAGACAUUACUGGGGCUUUCAGGCCUGGAGUUUUGACAGCUCUUAUGGGAGUUACUGGCGCUGGGAAAAGCACACUCAUGGAUGUACUGGCGGGCCGGAAGACUAAGGGCAUUAUUGAAGGUGAUAUUAGAAUUUCCGGGUUUGCGAAAAAGCAUGAGACAUUUGCUAGAAUUGCAGGAUAUUGCGAGCAGAAUGAUAUCCACUCACCUCAGGUGACCGUCAAAGAGUCACUGAUCUUCUCCGCCUGGUUGCGACUGAGCCGUGACGUUGAACCCGACACCAAAAUGCAAUUUGUGCAAGAGGUGAUGGAUCUGGUGGAGCUAGCUACAUUGAAAGACGCAUUAGUGGGUCUCCCUGGACAAUCUGGAUUGUCCACUGAGCAACGGAAAAGGCUAACUAUUGCAGUAGAACUGGUGGCUAACCCGUCCAUCAUCUUCAUGGACGAGCCAACUUCUGGGCUUGAUGCAAGGGCAGCAGCGAUUGUCAUGAGGACUGUCAGAAACACCGUUGACACUGGUCGAACUGUGGUUUGCACCAUCCAUCAACCCAGCAUUGACAACUUUGAGGCGUUCGAUGAGCUGCUUCUGUUGAAACGCGGCGGUCAGGUGGUCUACGCGGGUCCUCUGGGGAGGAACUCUUGCUCACUUGUGGAAUACUUCGAGGCUAUUCCAGGUGUCCCAAAAAUUAAAGAUGGGUACAAUCCAGCUGCUUGGAUGCUGGAGGUGACGAGCCAAGGGACGGAAAACAAACUUAACGUGAAUUUCUUCGAAAUAUAUAAGAACUCUGCUCUAUUCGAGCGCAACAAGGCUUUAGUGUCCGAACUCAGCACUCCUGCACCUAACACAGAAGACAUUUACUUCUCUGAGAAGUUCUCUCAGCCUUUCUUGGUGCAGUUAAAAUACUGCUUAUUGAAGAAGCAUUGGACAUAUUGGCGCAGUCCAGAUUACAACAUUCUUCGAUUUGCACUCGCUUUUUUUUCGGCUCUGUUUUUUGGGUCAAUGUUUUGGAGAGUAGGACAUCACACGAAUUCGCAAGCGAGUCUGUUCUCCAUCAUGGGAUCUAUCUAUGCUUCACAGCUCUUCAUCGGAGUGCAAUUUUCCUCAUCAGUUCAACCACUCGUUGCCACAGAACGCACGGUUUUCUACAGAGAAAAAACUGCUGGAAUGUACUCUGAAAUACCUUACGCUCUUGCCCAGAUGAUGAUUGAAGUCCCUUAUAUCUUCGCCACAGCUUCUAUGUAUGCUCUCAUCACGUACGCUAUGAUGAACUUGCAAUGGCAAGCUGACAAGUUCUUCUGGUACCUGUACUUUCUGUUUAUGACCCAACUAUAUUUUACCUUCUAUGGAAUCACGGCCGUUGCUCUUUCUCCGAACAGCUUAAUUGCAGCCGUCGUUUCUGGUUUCUUCUACAAUAUUUGGAAUCUUUUCGCUGGCUUCAUCAUUCCAAAACCUAAACUUCCAGUCUGGUGGAGAUGGUUCUACUGGGUAAAUCCGAUCGCGUACACUCUCUAUGGCUGCAUCGCAUCGCAAUUUGGAGAUAUGGACGACAAGUACGUGAUAUCCGCUGAGGGCGAUCGAUCGACAGUGAAGCAAUUUGUAGAGCACCACUUUGGGUUCAAGCACAGUUUCCUACCCUUCAUCUCUCUAAUGAUGUUGGGUUUCGUUGCAAUGUUCGCUGUCAUCACAAUCUUCGCCAUGAAGUUCCUCAACUAUCAAUCCCGGUGAUCUCCGUGAUCGCAGAAAUUUUGGACUCGUAAUUUCCCUGACGAUGUAAACAACUAUAUUUGAAUGAUCAACGUGCUGCAAAUUUUAGCGCUGCUAUCGAUAUCCUUCAUCACUACGGACCAAGCUAAGAAAGAGAAGACCAAAUUUUAUAUUUGGCAGAGUCAGGUACUCUGCAGCUAUCGUCGUACCCAUUGAUGAGCAGGAAGGCACGCAGUUGCGCGGGCAGGCUUCGUGAGUAAGACGACAAGCAAUCACAUGAGUUAUGGGUGAAAGCGAACAACCCUAACCAACGAGCAGAUGUCAAGUCGAAGAAGAUUCAUUGGCUUCUGAUAUGAACCUCCGAGCAGAGUGUUUUCAGAUUGGAAAUAAGCUACAACAGCUUUGUGGGUAACAGAAUCAUGUACCUGCAAGAUCACUUCUGUCUCUUUACUGCAGAAUAGUUCUGCCGUGAAGCAGAUGUGGAAAGCCCUCACUCGUUUCUUCUGGAAAUUGUAAAUUUUCCAGAAAGGAAUGAGAAUUGUAAAUUCUCAUGGGCUCUUGGGUUUCCAAGGGCAAUAAUUUUCUUCUAGUUAACAGUGGUUGAUGCAUUUUCGUGAUUUCAUCAUUAUGUUUGAUUACUGAAUUAUAGUGAUUAUAUUUGUGCCUCCGCUCAUAUCCACCAAAUUAAGUCCAGAUUUAGUAGCACGGAAGACCUUUCCCUGCUAACUAUACAGGUAGCCUUCUGCCCAUGAUUCGAAUGGCCAACGAUAAAACUACUAUUGCUGAAAGGGCUGACGCUUGCAUUCGCUGGAUAGCCAGUUCCAUAUACUGAAAGAGAAGUUUAUUUAAGUUCAUUUAGUAUGGAGUUUGGCAUAGUAGGGCAAUUCCCUGCAGCACCCAAAAGUCAGGGGUUGUGUCCGGAUCAAUUGUGAGGCUAACAUUGAGAAUGUAAUUGGACG